AUGGGCUACACCGACGUCGACAGGCUCGCGAUCAACACGAUCCGCGUGCUGGCGGCCGAUGCCACUGCCCAUGCUAACUCGGGCCACCCGGGUGCCCCAAUGGGCAUGGCUCCCGUUGCCCACGUUCUGUUUAACCGGUUUCUGAAGUUCAACCCCAAGAACCCGCAGUGGCUCAACCGCGACCGCUUCGUCCUCUCUAACGGGCACGGGUGCAUGCUGCAGUAUGCUCUCCUCCACCUCUACGGCUAUGCCCUCUCGAUCGAUGACUUGAAGGCGUUCCGGUCGGUCGACAGCAUCACUCCCGGCCACCCCGAGGCCCAUGACACCCCCGGCAUUGAGGUCACCACCGGUCCCCUCGGCCAGGGUAUCAGCAAUGCUGUUGGUCUCGCCCUCGCCCAGGCACACACCGCCGCCGUCUUCAACAAGCCCGGGUUCGACCUGGUUGACAACUACACAUACGCCUUCCUCGGCGAUGGCUGCUUGAUGGAGGGUGUCUCGUCCGAGGCCUCGUCUCUGGCCGGCCACCUCCAGCUCGGCAACCUGAUUGCCGUGUGGGACGACAACAAGAUCACCAUCGACGGUGACACCAACCAGGCCUUCACCGAGGACGUCGUGAAGCGGUACGAGUCGUACGGCUGGCACGUCCUGACCGUCGAGGACGGCGACCACGACCUCGAGGGCAUCGAGGCCGCCUUCAACAAGGCCCGCGAGGUCAAGGACAAGCCCACCCUGAUCCAGCUCAAGACCAUCAUCGGGUUCGGCUCCAAGCAGCAAGGCACCCACGGCGUGCACGGCGCGCCCCUCAAGGCCGACGACAUCAAGCAGCUCAAGGAGAAGUUCGGCUUCAACCCGGAGCAGAGCUUCGCCGUGCCCCAGGAGGUGUACGACCUGUGCAACAAGGUGGCCUCCUCGGGCGCCGCCCAGGAGCAGGAGUGGAACCAGUUGUUCGCCAAGUACGCCGAGCAGUACAAGGCCGAGCACGCUGACCUGGCCCGCCGCCUGGCGGGCGAGCUCCCCGAGGGCUGGGAGAAGCAUCUCCCCACCUAUACCCCCGCGGACGCUGCCGUUGCGUCGCGGAAGCUGUCCGAGAUCGUGCUCAACAAGAUCUUUGAGGCCGUUCCUGAGCUCGUUGGUGGCUCGGCCGAUCUGACCGGCUCCAACCUGACCCGCUGGAAGGGCGCCAUCGACCUCCAGCCCCCCGCGACCGGCCUCGGCACCUACGCCGGCCGGUACAUCCGAUUCGGUGUGCGCGAGCACGCCAUGGGCGCCAUCAUGAACGGUCUCGCUGCCUACGGCACCAUCAUCCCGUACGGCGGUACCUUCCUCAACUUCGUCUCGUACGCUGCCGGUGCCGUGCGUCUCUCUGCGCUCUCCCGCGUGCGCGCCAUCUGGGUCGCCACCCACGACUCGAUCGGUCUCGGCGAGGACGGCCCGACCCACCAGCCGAUCGAGGUGCUCACCCACUUCCGCGCGCUGCCCAACUGCAUGGUGUGGCGCCCGGCCGACGGCAACGAGACCAGCGCCGCGUACUACGUCGCCCUCGUGUCCAAGCACACCCCCAGCAUCCUCGCGCUUUCGCGCCAGAACCUGCCCCAGCUCGAGGGCUCCACCAUCGACAAGGCCAUCAAGGGCGGGUACGUCCUCCACGAGCAGGAGGGCGCCGACAUCACCCUGGUGUCGACCGGCUCCGAGGUGUCCAUCUGCAUCGACACCGUCAAGGAGCUCGCCGAGAAGCACAACAUCAAGGCCCGCGUGGUCUCGCUUCCCUGCUUCGAGGUGUUCGACAGCCAGUCCAAGGAGUACCGACUCAGCGUCCUCCCCGACGGCAUCCCGUCGCUGUCCGUUGAGGUCAUGAGCACCAUCGGCUGGGAGAGGUAUACCCACGAGCAGUUCGGCCUGAACCGCUUCGGUGCCUCUGGCGCGUACAAGGAUGUCUACAAGAAGUUCGAGUUCACCACCGAGGGCAUUGCCAAGCGCGCCGUCGCCACCAUCAACUUCUGGAAGGACGUGCCCAACAUCCGGUCGCCCAUCAACCGCGCGUUCCAGCAGAUCCUUUAG